GCCCGAGAAUGUGCGAUUAGUUACGAUUUCUAACGAGUGUAUGGAUGAAAAAAAUAAUGACUCAGUAGUUACGCUUGCGAUUGGGCAUUGGCAUGUCACGUAUGUAAUAGUUUCGUGUUCCGUCUGGGGUUUAUAUUCAUGAAGCUGCACUUUAAAAGUGUGCAUGAAGUAAACAUGGAAUGCGAUAAAGUGAAAGGAAACGUCUACAGAGCUCAGCGGUUAUACAGGCAUUACCUGAGAGAGGAGAGAAAUGUCUAUCCAUUCUACAUUCCAGCCAUCAUUUACAUUUUCCUACUGCUGCUUCAUGCAUUGUGGGAUAAUAUACCAGAUUAUUGGAAUAAUGUAUAUAAGCAGCCCACUUUCCCAGAGGUACCACCUCCAAUGUUAGAAUACUCCAGUGCUCAGUACCCUAGUGAUAUCACGGUUGUGACAGCUUAUUUUAACCUCGGGGAUUUCCGCAAGGGUCCAAUUAAUAUAUUUACCACAGAAAUGUACAAGCGAUGGAUGACUGCAUAUUCUAAAUUGAAUAACACUGUCAUUGCAUUCACUGACUCAGAGGAAAUAGCCAAAUUAUUCAGGAAAGAGAGAAGUAGAUACUUACCUGAAGCAUUAACUCAAGUCCACAUUGUGAAACGAAAUGAUUUAUGGGCAUUCAAGCUUGCUCCCAAAAUCAAAGAUAUAUACUCAGAACCUGGUUAUCCCAAAUUUCCUCCAAACACUAUAAAUGAAUAUUAUUCUUGUGCAAUGCAUGUAAAAUAUGAACUUCUAGAAAUUGUAAUCAAGAGAAAGCUUCUCAAGACGAGAUAUUUAUCGUGGGUGGACAUCGGCUACUUUCGAGAGAAAAUGAAUAAACUCUAUAGACUUGAGCCGCCUGACGAAUUGAAAGAAGGACAUAUCGCUUACACUCAAAUUCAUCCAUUCUAUGACUACAUGCAGCCAGAAAGCAUCAUCAAGACCAAUUCUGUUUGGAUUGCUGGGGGAUUCAUCUUAGGGAAACCGGAAUACCUUAUGAUUAUGAUAGAGGAUUAUAAGAGGUCUGUAGAGGACUUGAUCUCCAAACGCUUGAUGGACACAGAUCAACAAGUCUUGUACAUCCUAUAUUCUAAAUUCUCGGACGUCAAACCUCGUGUGCCAAUUCAAACCAUUUAUCACCUGUGUAGGUGUAACUGGUUUUUCCUGGGCGAACUCUGCCGUGAUACAUAUGACAGACAAUUCAGACCCUUCUUUCCACUCAUAAAUUUCUUAUCUUACCUAGUGUAACAAUCUAUACCUGGAAAAUGUGGUGAAUGAGAUUUGUUUGAAUAUGAUUGAUGCAUUGUAUGUAUAUACUGUAUGUGUACUUAAUUUAAACAGGAUUCAAAGUUUAGCAUCAUUGGUAGUAGGGCUGAAAAGAUACGCCCCCUUUACAUUACAAUAUGUACUGCAAUACUGAUGCCAUGAUUCAAUACUUUCAAUACAAUACAAUUUACAGAAAUAUUGAAGAAGAAUUUGAUUACCAAUAUUCAACUUCAUAAUUUUAAAAGGAAUAUUUUGCCAAAUGGCAAGAUGCCUGUUGGCUCUGUAGUUUAAACUAAUAAAGUUCAUUAUUAUUUUCGUCAGCCUCAAGACAAACAACAGUUUGAAUGUUAUUCGACGCUAUUUUGUCCCCCAUGCAGGUAAAAAUAAUAAGUGCAGUCUGAGCCUGAUGUUUUUUUACUGAACGCGUUUGAAAUAAACGUAUUGAACCGAAAAUCAAAGGCAAUGAAUCGAACAUUGAAUCGAGCAUUUUUAUUGAACAGUAUCAAUAUUUCGGGGAAUCGUUUCAGCCCUAAUUGAUAGUGAAACAAGUGCACUAAUUUACAGUUUAUGAAAAUCUCUGUUGAUCCAUUAUCGUGCAUAGAAGAAGCAUUAAAUCAAGCUUAUGCCAAUUUGAGCAUCAACUUCCAUUGAGCCAAAUUUUAAAUCUGCUAAAGUAAAUACAUCUACAGUAUAUUAAACAGAGGACUUGGAGGAAGAUGUAUUUUAUUUUCACAUCUUGCAACCAACUUCCACUUUACAUUUGAAUUUUUUGGAUCUUUUUGUCCAUUGUCUGUCUGUUUUUUACACUGUGUAACUUCACUUAUAGCAGCGCACUCUAACUUGGCUCACAAGCGGACGGGUGUCAGAAAAUCAACAGACACAACUUACAUUCCCAAUCAUCUCUCGUUAGAUCAACUUCUGACAGUAGUGGUAGAAUUUGUGUUUCAGUCUGAAUGCCUGAUGCAGUGUUCGAAAUUAACCAUAGACCGAUAGACAAAGUCUAUGUCAAAUGACACUGGUCUAUGCCAAUUGUAAUUGAGAUAGACCAAAUUGUCUAUGCCGAUUUCUAGAUUUAAAGCAAUUGAGUUAUCUCAAAGGACCCAGCAUGGUCAGUCGACGUCUGAUAAACGUUAUGAGGAAAGGAAGAUAUUGUUAUGGAAAUGGAAAGAAAAUCUGCCUUUUAAGUACAUUAGACGUAUAUGAAAAUGUAAUAGAUUUGUGGGUUUUUUUUUUAAAUGUUGCGGUCUAUGUCAAUUCGAUGAGGUCUAUGUCAUCUUGUUUUGGCAUAGACCUAUGAUCUAUACCAAGUUUUAAACCAAUUUCGAACACUGCUGAUGCAACUGAACUAGUAAGCUUAUUAAGUCUAAGAUAGGAUUAAAAUACUAGGACAUGUACUUAAUGAAAAUUAGGACAUGUACUAAAGAAAAAUAAGAUGGGUACUAAUCCAUACAUUUUUACACCUCUCCUUCAUUUGGGAAACAUUGUAGUGGGAUUUUUUAAUUUUAUAUCUGACAUAACCUCAGAAUCAUUUUACCUUAAAUUUUGAAUUCAAACUUGAAACACAAGUGAUCAACAUUGUGAAUUGUGCAUGACCCAUAACUUUUUACUUUGACCUUCAUCCAUAGUUCAAAACUGACCUUUGAAUAGAAAACAUAUUUUGGGGUGAGUUAUUUCACCCAAUAUCCACUAGUUUUUUUAUUCCAAAAUAUAGCAGGGAUCUCUUUAUGUACAGGGUAAGGAUCUGUUCAGGGUUACAAAAAUAAGCAAACCCUAUUGGUCCAGAUCUGGUUUUAGUCUUUACAAAAAGCUCACCCAUAAGCGUUCUGGAUUGUUAGCUAUGGCUGAGUAAAUGUAUUUGAUUGUUUUAGUAUGCAGACAGAGACGUAAACUCUUAAUAGACCUUACAUUGAUGUACUAGCAUGGUGCAUGCAUUGUAGACACAUUUUGAGCUUUAUAUAUACUUUCCUGAAGACAUUCUGGACAGGCAAACACAAUAAACCUUUUAUAUAAUGAAUGCAUAUGCAUUUAAACUAGAUUAUUGAUAUACACAUAAUUAUAUAAGAUUUGAAAAAAGUGUUGAAAAUGUAAAUUUAUAUCAACUAAAUUAAAAGUUAUGUGGCGUAAGGCGAAUUUGAACCAUGGCAAAAAGUAAUCGCAGUAUAUAUACUGCCAGAGUUGAAACUGACGAGAGCUAUUCUAAGCAUUAAUAGUACCCCUGUAAAUAUGAACCAGGUUUUCAGAAACAGUUUCCCUAAUUUUGUGUGGGGAAUUUAGACCCCAAGACAGGGGUGUCCUUAAAAAUACUAUUGUAUUUUCAAAAUAUGAAGAAGAAAAAAUCUUAGGGGCGGGUCUACUUGAAGUACUUCAAAGCCAAGAUUCAUGUUAAAAUCUGUGCUUAAAUGGGGGAAAUGUUGUUUAAGCCAAUUUUGAAGGUUAAUUUCAAACAUUGUAGAUAAUGAAUUACGGGUUGGAAAUGAAAAAUUCAUAUCUAUGUAUGACAGGAAAUAACUAAAGAAACUUGAUAUAACUAUAUGGUUUUUCCCCUGGAAAAUUGUUUUCCCUUUAGGGUUUUUAUUUGGUCACCCUGGAAAAUUGUUCUCCCCUUUAGGGUUUUUAUUUGGUCACCCUGAAUGGAUCCUUUAUUUCCACAUUCCAUUGUUUUCUUUUGUCUUCUUUUAUUUAUCUAUCGACUUUCACAUCAGUUUGAUUUAAGUGUGUUUGAUAUACAUAUGUUGUUUUCAAUGUAUUGCAUCUUCAUGAUUAUUUUUGAUUUUUAUAAGUUGUAAGAAUCACUUUUAUAUCUUAUAUUCUUUAUUAUUCUUUUUUAUUUAUUUAUUUUUCAGUUAUUGUGUAUUUGUGAAGGGUGUUGUUAAGUUCUUGUUGUUCUCUGAUAUAGCAUAAUGUCUACCACUUUUUAUGUUCAUGUAUAAACCCGACACAGCACACACUGCCAACAUUUUAAAUUUUUAAGUAAGUUGCAAAAUGUUUGAAUAGUGUAUAAGCAAUAUUAUCUUGUAUCUAACCUCUGAACCUAAAAAAUAAAAAUUACAGUUUGGCAGACAUUUAAGAAAUGAAUUACAUGAGAGUAUGCACUGUGAUGCCUCACACCUGCGUUAUUUAUGAAUUAAGUGCUAUAUAUAUUUGCUAACCUGGCGUGAAGCAUUGCAGUUCAUACCCUCGUGUAUUUUCAAAAAUUAAGUUUAUUUUUUCUGUACACACACACAUUGUUUACAACUGCAACAUGUUCACAAGGAAAUGACUAUCAUUAGAAAUUGUAGAAAUAGCGAAGACAAAAACAGUGAAAUAUGAAUAUAUUAAACUAAAAACUGUUCCUGGGCUACCAGGCUGUACAGCUAGGUGGGUGAUUAUGAAAGCCGUUAUAUCAGACAAGUAAUGUAAUUAAUAUUAAUUAGUCCCAUGAGAAAAAUGCAAUUUUGUAUGUUUUAUAUAUUGAAUCGAUAUCAUGCGAGUGCAAUCAAUUGUGAACAGGAGAUUAUAUGGUUCCCAGCUCGAAGGGAAACUAUUGCUCAAUUGAUUUAUAAGUCAGGAGAUAAUCUGGUUCCCAGCUCGAGGGGAAACUCUCUAACUCAAUUGAUUUAUAAGUCAUUGCAUUCAAAUUUACAUGUCUUGAAUGUCAAAAUCCUUGUGUGUGAAAGCGUAUUUGGUAUUAUUACAUAUUUAAAAAAAAGUGAUAUGAAAUAGUAUACACCUAUUUACUGGCUAUAAGGACAAUAGCAAGUUUAUUGUCCCCCAAGACAGCAACUAUUUCCCGAGGUGCAGCCAAGGGAAAUAGUUGUUGUCGAGGGGGACAAUAAACUUGCUAUUGUCCGAAUAGUCAGUAAAUAGGUGUUUUAUUAUACCGAAGUAGACUUUACUUGUGUCAGACAUACCAAAGUGAAGUAAACUAACAUUCGGCAUUAUCCUAGAUGGAAUCGACUGAGUGGUAAACUAAUUAGAGUUAUCAGACUUUGACGUCACAGAAAAGAAAACGCGGGAAAAUAUAGCAUCCGGUAAAUAGUUUCGAGACUAUUUCCCUUGGGUGAGAUAGUUCAGAAACUAUUUCACGGCUAGCAUUAUCCAGAAGAAAUAGCAAAUUUAUUCACCUAACAUUUAUAUAGCAAAAACAUUCGGAGGUAUAAUAAAUUAAUAUAUAUUAACUGCAGUGGGAUAUAUGUGUGUAUUUAAAUAGAUAAUUAUGUAUUGCUGCAAUGAGAUAUGUACAAGUAUAUAAUUAUAAGGUGGAUUUAUCAAGAGUGUGUAGUCUGUUUGUAUGGGAGUCUUUAUGCUGUUUUAAGCAGAUUAGCUAGUCUUUAUUCAUUUUUUAGGCACAGUGAAAUAAAUCACCCAUGUUGGCA